AUGGUAAUCUGCACCCUCUUCGGCCACCGUCACGGCCACGUCUGGUUCGCCGUCCAAGACAACCAUCUCAACCCCACCAUUCUCCUCCAACUAUCCAUCCCAACCCACACAUUACUCCAACAACUCAACUCCGGUCUAGUCCGGCUAGCCCUUGAGUGCCACACCCCACCGGACUCCGAUCUCCGGUCAUGUCCUCUCCGGUCAAUACCCAUGUGGACUUUAUACUGCAACGGCCGGAAAGUGGGCUUUGCUGUUGGGAAAAAGGUGACAGAACCGGUUCGGGUUAUGUUGAAGUCGGUUCAGUCGAGUACGGUGGGUGCAGGGGUAAUUCCGUCAUUUGGGUUUGGGGUUGACUCCGGCGUUGACCAGGCUGAGGGUGGUGAGUUGAUAUAUAUGAGGGGUUACUAUGAGUGGAUUGUGGGUGGGCCGGAUUCGGAGUCUUUUCAUUUGGUUGACCUGGAUGGGUGUUUGGGUCAGGGUCAGGGUCAAGAUUUGAGUAUUUUCUUGAUGAGGACACGUGGCCCCUUUUUUUGA